AUGGCACAAGUUCCAUUAUACACAUUCCCCGUAGAUGAUGGUACCAAAAGUUACCAUGUUAAAGGGGGAAGCGAUGACAAGUUGGGAUCUCAAUGGAUUGAUCCUAAAUUAUACCAAAAGUUUCAUCUUGUAAGAUAUGAUUAUCGUGGGAUGGGUAAUAGUGAUAAUCCAAAUUACCCACUCGAUUUAAAUGCUUAUGACCUUUUUGCUGUGGUCACCAAGCUCUUAAAAUUAUAUUAUGGUGCGGUUCAUUGUUUAAAAUCACCUAGCGAUCAUUUAGUUCUUGCCACCGAAAGUUUACUUGAUCCUCAAGGAAAUUUUGAAAAAGUUCUUUUUGGAAUGAGUGAAUUAUUUAUUAGUUUCAAAAGAUUAAGUGAUCAAUUAAAUUCACUUGCUAUACAACUGCUAGUUAUAAAGAUGUUGGUCAUUGUCCUUUAUGGGAAAACAUCAAAAGAACUUAACAAAGAUAUUAUGGAAUUUGUUGAAAAAGUUUAA